AUGUCGAUUACAGCGUCCACAAAGACAAAGUACAGCGACAUCAAGGACAUCGCCCUCAUUGAUUUCCUCGGCGUCCCUGCAGAACAGACACUCAAAGCACAUGAAAUUUGGAAGGACCAGCCUACGGUCGUCAUCGUGAUUCGCCGCCCUGGAUGCCAAUUCUGCAGAGAAGAGGCCAAGAUCUUCCACGAGAACCGACAGACGAUCGAGCAGAGUAUGGGCAUGAAGAUGGUGUGUGUCAUGCACGAGAAAGAGGGCUCAGACACCUUUCAGAACGAGUUCUGGCAUGGCAAAGUUUACUUUGACCCCGAAAAGGCCUUCUACAAGGCCCUUGGUGGCGGUCGACUGCGCGAAGGAGGUUGGGAACAAAUGAUCAGACCUUCGUUCUGGGUUAACCUGGUGCGGAACAAACAGUCGGGCGUCAAGGGUAACUUUGAGGGUGAUGGCCGUAUUCUUGGCGGUCUCCUGGUGGUCAAUGCAGAUGACGGCGGCAUUGCGUAUGAACACAUCGAGAAGGUCUGGGGAGACAUUGCGCACGCGGACAAGGUCCUUGAGGCCUGCAGUCGCGUCUCGGGUGUGGCCCUGAAUAAAGACACGAGCGCCAAGGCCCAGAAGGAUCAUGAUGCGCUUCAUCAAAAGAUGCAGCAGUCGUCUGUGGGCAAGGGUCAGGCAGGCGAGGGUGCUGCUUGCGCAGCGGCGGCUCCUACCUCGAGCAAUAGCGCGGGUGCGACCACCGCAUAG